UUUAUGUCCGUAUAUUUUAAAGUUCAUAAAUUGUGCUUCAAUUUUACGUCUUUAAAAAAUUGAUCUGAGCAAGCAGGCAGGAUUUGAGUAAAGUUUACCUUCAUAACCCUAGCUUUGUUGUUCACAUUUUUAACCUUAAAUUACCAUUUGGGGGUCGCUUCUUCCUUUUACAGCUGAAGUUGUACCAUUUAAUGGCUUGGAAUUUUCCAAGACUCUCAAAGUCAUAUAAGCUACAGUAACGUGAGUUAGAAAACGCUAUAAUGUAGGUAACGUCAGUGCAUGAACUUGUGCAGAACAUUGUUAGGUAUUGUCAAACUAUAGUGCUGAAUUGUUGGAGCUGGUGGGUAUAUCUACACACCGUGGGCUAGAGUUGUUCAAGAAGGCACCUUCAAGGGCAUUUAGGGAUGAACACCAAAUUUUGGCCUAGCCAGUGACAUUUCUUGACCAAAUAAAUAAUGGGUUCAGCAGGCUUGCAAUGGCACUCUAAUAGCAAUAGAUGGUACUCCAAUUCUGAGUAUGGAGAUUAGCUCAAUUUUUCAAUUGAUAGACCUGUAGGCAAAUCCAUUUUUUCCCAUUUGAUGCUUUUUUUCUUGAUUUACAGUGACCUUGCCGGCAAACAAAUGCUUGCCAGAAUGGAAUUGAACAUCCUUUUGACAGAGGGCGGAUACUUUUCAUCCAAUAUUCAUGUAAUAGUAUCAGAUUUUCCUAAAACGAAGUACCACCGCAUUUGAAGAAAAAUCAGUAUAGCUUUCCCUUUUAAAAAAGGAAGGACAUCCUAGCUAGUCCCUGACUAGAAUUUUUUUUUUCACAGCAGUUACUGUUUCAGUUAAAAAUCUGACCAAUUUGACAUGUCAUCUUUGAAAGCACACUUACACAAAAAGUAGUGGUGUUUAGUUACGAUCUCUCAUUCUCAAUCACUUUGCAUUCUCACACAGCACUGCAUUUUUGUUUUGCACCGUUGCUCAGUUAUAGUAUAAAUACAUGACAGCAAAAGGAAAGUAAGAUGAGAGUGGGGGGAGUUGGUGAGUAAUCACAAGAUGCAUUUGUCAGUAUCUGAAUGUUUUGGCAUUCAAUUUCAAUUUGUCAUUGAAACUACUUUUUUGCUAAAACUAAAUUGUUUCUGUAUAUUCAUUUGUUAAAUGCCUAAACUAUAGCAUGUGGUGUGUGGGUCCCUAGACCAGUGGUAAUGUUUACAUAAAGUUUGGUUUAUGUUUAGGAUUAGUAAUCUAGAGCUCCAGGUUGAUAUUCUGGGGCAAUGGGUUCAAAGCCAGUAGACAUUAGUAAACAGCAGGUUGUGAAAUUUUGAGUUCAAUAAAAAUGUGGAAUCAAAGUUAGCUUAAUGAGAACCACGGAACUACUGUUGGUCAUCAUGAGAUCCAAUAUGGUUCACUGAUGCCCUCCUUAGGGAAGCAAAUCUGGCAUCCUUACCUGGUUGACCUACAUGUGGCGCCAGUCCCACUGCCAUAGGGUUGACUGUUAACUGUCAUUUAGAAAUGGCCCUAGCAAGCUACUCAAUGGGCAAUAAAUUGUGGCUCAGCCAGCGACACUCAUCUCAUCAAUGAAAAAUAAAAAUUGGGUGCCUCAUUCUACUUGAUGUGGAGUAAGGGGCAUUAAAAAAAAAUGAAAGUCAAAAAUCUAGAACGAUUUAGGGCUUGCUCACCACUCCAUGUAGUUUAAUUCUGAUAACUGACCAGAUCUUUGUUCAAAUAAAUCAUUGUGGCUAUUGGCCUUUAAUGUUCUCCUCCUUAGCUCAAGACUGAGAAUCUUCACUUAGAACUUUUUAAUAAAUAACCAUUUUUGAAUUUUUUGAUGCAUUCAACUUUCCAUUACAGUUUGUAUAGGAUAGGCUUUCUCUAGAUACCAUAUUUAAGUGGGCUUUUUCAUGUAAUUUUUCCUAACUUGACAAGCUUGCAGAUUCUUACUUCACAGUUUUUAAAAUUUGUUUUGAUUGGGCAGCAUGCAGGCUACUUUGUUUUUCCAUGCUUGGUUGACCUGGUCUGUAGUCAAACUGCUAUAGUGACUAAUGCUCAUCAAGUUGAUGUAGGCAAAAAUCCUGUGCAACACUAAUCUUCAGCAGUAGACAAACUCUAUUGACCUUGUUGUGACCUCAACUUGGCAUAAGGAGCCAUGGUGUAACAUCUGAAAGACAUCAAUUAGAUUGCAGAGUGAAGUCUGAGACACUUCUUUAUGUAAAGUUUUCAGCAUUUUGGGAGAAUAGGGGGAGGUAGUAAAUAAUCACGAAAAGCGUUUGCCCAAUCGGAGUGUUUUGUGCUGUUUGAAAAUCUUUUCUACUCAGAUUAUCAAGGUUGGAAGACAGUGAUGACGGUAACUGGUUUGCAAUGGACACAACAUCAAGUAACCAUAAGAAGUAUUAUAUCAACGUCUGUAGACCUCUGAAUUCAGUUCCAGGAUGUGAUCGCUAUGCAGCAGUGUGCCAGAUGCAGUAUGAAAGAGAUCUAGAUGCAGUUUAUGAAAAAGUAUCCAUUAGCAAUCUGGGUAUUGCCAAAAAUGGUCCCAAGCUAGAAAAAGAUGGACGGAUUAUUUUGGAAUACCUAAAUGGAUCAGUGUGUACCAAUUCAGGUGGUAAUAAAACUUCUUACACUACCCGUAUUCACCUAAGUUGUUCGAAAGAACUGUCUUCUGGUCCAAGGUUCAUUGAACAUAAAGAUUGUGUGGUCACAUUCCUGUGGGAAACCAAUGCAGCCUGUCCUAUCGCAACAAUUCAAGAAUCAAAUGAGAAUUGCUCAGUGGAAGAUCCCAACACUGGUUUUGUCUUUAACUUUCUGCCUCUGGCUUCAGACUCUGGUUACUCAGUUACUGGAAAUCACAUGGUAUUUAAGCUGAACAUCUGCCGUGGUUUAAAAGAAUGUGGGAAAAUAGACAGCAAGUUGGCAACUGGAUGUGAGAUAGAUGGACAGGAACCAAAGCACCAAGUUGGAUUGGAAACAUCACUUGAGGCAUCCACCAGUGGUCUUAUAACACUUACGUACAUAGGUGCAUUGGCAAGAGAUUCAGGACGCCGGGAUAAAUUUAUUAUCCGCUUUGUCUGUGACACUGAUUCAUAUCCUGGUGUGCUCAAGUUUCUGCGAGAAGAAAUUAGCACUACAACACGUGUUCAUGACACCUACUUUGAAUUUUAUACUGCUUUGGCCUGUUUUCCAGCUCCUGUGAACUGCCUUGUUAGUGAUAUAGCUGGUAAUGAAUAUGAUCUGAGUGACCUUGCCAGGGACAAAGAACCAUGGGUUGCAGUAGACGCAACUGAAGAUAGAAGUAAACGUACAUUUUAUUUAAAUGUUUGUAAGCCAUUGCCUUCAGUUAAGGGCUGUCCAGGUGGUGCUAUUGGAUCUUGUGUCAAGUAUGCUGAUAAAAGCCAGAAUCUGGGAUAUAUUCAGAUGAGUCCGCGGGCUGAGACUGAUGGCUCACUCAGUAUUGUCUAUUUGAAUGGUGAUAAAUGCGACGACAAUCAGAAAUAUUCUACACGAAUCCUCUUCCAGUGUGACACAAUCUCA